CCCAGCCCGCUGUGCGCCCUCCACCCUGCAUCCCCUGCCCUCACGUCCCCUGCCCUGUCUCCUCCUGACCUGCCACCCUGGCUGACUUGAGAGGCGCCUCCAGACACCUGUAUGCAGCUCCUUCAGCAGCUGGGGUUCCCACACCCUCAGGCCAGGGGCUGGGCGCGGGUUGGGUUGGGGCAGCGGUGGUUGAGGCUGGGGCCAAGCCUGAGCUCUCGCUCCCUAGGGACAGCUCCCCGCAUUGUUUCUUUCCUGAGUUGAGGUAUAGGAGGGAAAGUGGCCUCAAAAUCUGGAUCCAGCGUGACCAGGAGCAAGGCAUCGCCCCUCUGAGUGUGUGUUGUCAUUCAGGAAGUGGAGCAGCCAGAGUCCUUGCCAAGCUGGUUUGGGUGUGAUUCCCCGGGACUCGCAGGGACAGAGCGCCAGCCUCACUCCACCCCUGAUGUUGUGGCCUCAUGGUCACAUGGCAGGCUCUGGGAGUUGAGGUGUGGGGGAGUCCCAGCCCCAUAGUGCCCCUGGCUCUACUCCCUCUCAGAGGUCAGGGAUCCUGAGGCUACAUCUCUGCUGGGUGUUCCACAGGAGGCCUGGCCUCGGCCCUCGUGGCCCAACCCAGCACAUGAGCUGCUGACAGCAGGGGCAAGGCCCCAUAUAGGUCAAGCCUGGAGAGCCCGUGCCUGGCCCAGGAAUGGGGGCAACCUGGCACAGGGUUCUCCCUCUUGGGGAGUCAGAGUCCUGGUGGCUGAAGGGACCACUGAGGCUUGUGGAGAGCAGCUGCGCUGCAUGGGGCCCUCAGGUGGGCACUCAGAUGGGGACAGAGAGUCCGGGGGGCUCCCCCAAGGAGCCAGGACCAGGGUGAGUUAGAGGAGCAGGGAGCCAGGCGGCUUGGCAUCCACUCCCCUGCAGCCCUGCCGUCUCCGCUGCUGUGUCCCGAGCAACUCCCCAGGGACUGCGAGGAGGCUGGGAAGGGGCGCCCGUGGGCUGCCUGGGCUGCCUGUCCUGGUGGGCCUGGCCAGGGGCUACCUGGAAGGAUCCCAAGCUCCUGCAGCACACACUGUGGCUGGGCCUCCAGCCCAUGCCUCUGAGGGCCGUGCUCCUCACCCCUUAGUCAGAAUCUCAGGGCCCACCCUUGCCCUCUCAUGUCAUCUGUACAAUGGCUGAGAGGAGUUCUCCUGUCCCGUUACCAGUGGGGACACAGAAGCCCAGAGACAAGGCCAGGAGGUCAGCAGACUCAGGGCACGCCCUGGCACCCCCCCAGGCCUGGUGAGGUGUGACUUCUCUAGAGGGACAGUUUCUGAGGGAGGGCACAGCCCAGCAGAUCAUCUUGGCACAGCACAGGACACACACUGAGGUGGCUGCAGGCCGGUUUCUGCAGGAUAAGAAACUGAUGCCCAGGUGGAGGGUGGGCUGGGGAGCAUGGAGGGGCCUGGGGCCAGGCCCCCUGAGCCUGCAGGGUUGCGCUACCCCCAGCCCUGUCUCCACCAGCUGUGGGCAGCCAGGCCCAGAAAGCCAGGCAUGAGUCCCCAGCCCCACAGGCCUGGAAGCCUCCUGGGCACUGGAGCCAUGUCCGAGUGCCCUGAAACCCCCAGGGGUUUUGCCCCGUGGGAGGGAGUGGGGGCUGUACCAGCAGCUUCUGCCGUCUCCUUGCUGUGCUAGAAACAACAUCCAGGGAGGACAGAUGAGCUGGGCCCUGAGAACAGCAGGUGUGGCUGCUUCCCCCAAGCAAGAGACUGUGGCAGGAGGAGAUUGUGGCUGAGGCACAGCGGGGCCUGGGAAGGCUGUCAGGUAGCCAGAGCCAGAUAAGGGGGUGGCCUUCAUCCGCUCUUCAUGCUGAUAGGCCUGGUGUAGAGAGAACGGGGCCAGGCCGCAGCAAUGGGCGGCUACUGUUCCAGCUUCCUCUGCUCCUUGGGAAUGCCCCGGGGCCACAGAUUCCUAAGCAGGGGAGACCUCGCUGUUUCUGGAACUUGCCCAGGGCCAUCCUGCCAAUUAGGGAUCAAGACAGGACUUGGAGCUGCAGCCUCCCAACUCCCAGAAAGAAGUUUGCAGUGGGCCAGACCGAGGUUCCUGGGGCCCACCCCAGGCACAUGUGGUCACCUCAGGAGCCUCUGGUGGGUGCGUUGCUGGGCACCAGGCUGUGAGGUAUCAGGGAGCAGAGGAGGUCCCAAGUAGGAGCCGUUUAUCAGUGGGGAGGGUCGUGAGGGGCAUGGGGAGUGGCCGGGUAAGGUUCUCUGCGGUGGUCCCUGCAGACAUGAAGCUGGGGUCCCACAGCAAAGGACUUGGGGCCGUGGCCUAGCCCAAGCCUUGCAGAGCAGGGAGACCAGGCGGUGGGAACAGGCCACAGUUCCUCAUCUCCCAGGACCUCUGUGGUCCCCACGGAGACGCAGAUCAGGAGCUGGGCUGGGCUUGGGGGACUCAGGGCCCCCACACAGCUUCUCAGGGAUUGUGUUGUGCCCCAAGGCCACGCCCACCAGAGCCAGCACUGCCUGGGCCGGUUCUGGAAGGUUUACCCAGGGGUCCUGCGAGUGGAGGGGCAGUCUGGGCAGGAGGAAGUGAGGGAGGGGAGGCCUGGGACCCUUGGGGGCUUGCAGCCCUGUGGGGGUUACUGAGUGCCCAGGCUGUUAGGGAGGACCCCAUGGGCAGGGCAGGGCCACCCCGCGACAGGCACAGCAUCUUUGCACAUGGAGCGCCUGGCCUUGGCACCUGAGAUCUGGACUCUAGGUUCCCACAGGCCACCCCCCAGCGCCUAGCUUGCUCCCCUAAGUCACCCUGGUCCGGGCCCGGGCACACAGCACUUGCUGCGCCAUUUAAUACACAAAGGCCCUUCCAGCCAGGAAAGCACCCACCUCCCGCCUGUCCCCAGCCGUGCACAGCCACCUCGCCUCCACCUGGAAGGCCAGCCCCAGCAGGUGGGCAGCCCUGGUGUUUCUCCAGUUUGGGCCACACUGUCCCUGUGUCACAGCACAGUGGGAGGGCACUGGCCAAGUGAGGGGUGGUGAAACUGAGGCAGGGGUACUUCUGCACAGAGCCAGCAGGGUGGGGAGCAGGGUCUGGGUGUGCACCCUGUGGAGACCUGGCACAGCCUGGGCACAGCCAGCAGGUGGCAGGUGACUGAGCUCUGCAGAAAUGGCCCGAAUGUGGGCAGGUGUCAGGAUCCAGGGUUAGGCAGUGGAAUGACAGUGACCCAUGCGGCCCACACCUGACCCUAGGCCACCCCCAUCCUCCCCUAGAGAAGGUCCUAGGAAGUGCUUUGCUGCCUGCACAGGGCAGUUCCCAGGGAGCUGGGGGCCAUCCUGAGUCGGCUUGUUCCGCAGCAGGGUGGAGACGGUGCACACCACCUGGCGUUGCUUGACUCUGAGGGUGUCUCCGGGCACCCCUACAGCUGGCAGCGGCUUUGGCGUGCUUCCUAUCUUGGUAAUGUCACUGGCCCUCUUAAAGUGACAGCCCAGGGAACAUCCUGCCUGUCAGUGCCAGGGCAUGGCCCCAGGAACAAAGCUGGAAUCGGGGUCACUUUCUUUCUCAAAGUGCUGCCAGGUCCCCUCCAGUGGUGUCCCAGCGCAGGGCAAAGGUGGCAAGGCUGUCUCAGGUGAUGUCCUCACCGCCCCCUCUGUAGGAGCACGGCGCUGGAGCCUGCCCUGCAUUUGGCCAUCUGUGGAACAAGCCAGCUCCCCUGGCUGCCAGGGGAUGGUGACAUGGUGCCCCCAGGCCUGUCUCCACAAUGGGGAGGGUAUCCGAAAGACCCAAAGAUGGAUUGGGACCCCCCACAUCCUGCUUUGGGGCAGCCGAGCAGUUCUGGACCCUCGGCUCUCGAGGAAGGGACAUCGCACAGCCGCCCCCACCUGCUGAACUUCCCAGCCCUUCAUGUCGGGCCUCCCCUCACUCCUCAGCCUGGAUUCGGAAGGUCUCCCAGGGGCCGACCUGAGGGCGGGAGGGCGUGUCGGGUGAGUGAGUGGCUGGCUGGACUGGGGAGGUCCACCCUCCAUGGUGGGGCAAGCUGAUCACCCCACCGCAGCUGGGGCAGGCCUGCCUGAGGCUGGAAAGCCCCAUGAAAAGCUCACAGCCAGGCACUGUUAUGAACAGGGUGUCACAGCCAGGCACUGUGUUAUGAACAGGGCGUGGACAGGAGCCUCUGCCCACCCCAGCCCUGCGUCUUUCUGUGCCCAUCUCUGCAUUGUCAUUGCUGGGGACACCCAGAUUCGGCCUCACGGGGCUAAGAGACACACCCGUCCUUGAGUACAGCCCCCAGCCACCCUCUCUGCUGUGGGCAGAGGGCAGGUGAGGCACCAGGGUGGCACAGCACUGAGGAGACAGCCCUAAGGUGCUCUCCCAGCCGUCCGACCUGGAUCUCCAAGACGUAGAGGAAGUGGAGAUCGGCAGAGACACCUUCUGGCCCGGUGAGUGAGUAGAAUCGGGUUACUGGGGGACCAGAGCUCUGUGCGUGCCAGGCUCCUCACAAUGCCCACCUCUGUGGCACCCCCAAUGCUGGCACCACCCCCUUCCUGGGGCCCCUUUUCUUCCCUGGCACCAGCUCACCUCUGCCCCAUGGCCCCUCCCCCACUCUAAUGCCAGUCCAGUUACUGAUGCUUCCCGAGGCGGUGACUGCAGCCCACAGCCACCUGCGCCAGUGGCCCCACGUGGACUCCUGCCGGCCCCAGCUGGACACAGUGAAUCAGGAACUCCUCCCUCCCCUCCACCUGCCUUGGGCUGGGGCUUCUGGCUCAGGGCACCACUGUCCCCCCAGAUCCACGAGUUAUCCUGUGUCCUCUCCUCCUCCUGCAUCCCCUAGAUGGCCUCCCCUCAGCCUGGCUGGAGCUGUGUCCAGGUCCCCUGCACCUCCCCCUUGAGAAGCUCCCAGGGUUCCCUCUGGGCGAUGUUAGUGAUAUGGCUGGAUUUAACAGUGCUGAGCCCUCGCCCACAUCUGGGCGGCCCUGGGGUGGGGAGCAGGUGUCUGAGGUCAGGUCCCUGGAAAGAGACCCUGGGCCAGAGAUUUGCGUGGGAAGCUCCUGGGGUGGGCAUGGGAGCUGGGCGGCAGCGCACUUGCCACCGAGGCCUGGGGCAGCCCCAUGAGGAGCUGUGCCCAUACGGACCACAUCCUCGGCAAGGGCUUUGAGGCGCCCUCUGGAGCUCUGGCGUCCCCCAGGUUCCGGGUCCUCACCAACACUUAGUGCUUCCUCCUGGCUAAGGGUGACCCCACGGUCUGUCUUGCCACUGUGGCUCCGUGCACCGGCACGGCCGCCGUGGUGACUGUGGAUGGUCCCAGCAGCUCUGGGUCACCCUACAACGCCCCCCACCCCUGUGUCUAUGUCAGCUCUCCCGGGCACAGCACUCCGAGCCACUGUCCGCUUGUCUCCCAUCCACUGGGUGCCUGGCCCCUCCUUGUCCCCUCUAAGCCCCCCUAUCCAGCUCUGCUCUCACUCCCCGUCCCCGUCCCUCCGUGCCACGGUGGGGGCAUGCGGGUACUAUCCGCCUCUGCCGUUUCUCAUUUCAGACUCCGAGCCCAAGCCGGAGCAGGCUCCACGCUCUCCUGGCUCUCAGGCCCCUGACGAGGGGGCGGGCGGGGCGCUGCGCAGCCUCCUGAGGAGCCUUCCCCGCAGGGCCCGGUGCAGCGCCGGCUUCGGGCCUGAAUCCAGCGCGGAGCGGCCGGCGGGCCAGCCGCCUGGGGCCGUCCCUUGCGCUCAGCCGCGGGGCGCCUGGCGCGUGACGCUCGUGCAGCAAGCAGCGGCCGGGCCCGAGGGUGCGCCCGAGCGGGCUGCCGAGCUGGGAGUCAACUUCGGUCGGAGCCGGCAGGGCAGCGCGCGGGGGGCCAAGCCGCACAGGUGCGAGGCCUGCGGCAAGAGUUUCAAGUAUAACUCGCUGCUCCUGAAGCACCAGCGCAUCCACACGGGCGAGAAGCCCUACGCCUGCCACGAGUGCGGCAAGCGCUUCCGCGGCUGGUCGGGCUUCAUCCAGCACCACCGCAUCCACACGGGCGAGAAGCCCUACGAGUGCGGCCAGUGCGGCCGCGCCUUCAGCCACAGCUCGCACUUCACGCAGCACCUGCGCAUCCACAACGGCGAGAAGCCCUACAAGUGCGGCGAGUGCGGCCAGGCCUUCAGCCAGAGCUCCAACCUGGUGCGCCACCAGCGGCUGCACACAGGUGAGAAGCCCUACGCCUGCAGCCAGUGCGGCAAGGCCUUCAUCUGGAGCUCCGUGCUCAUCGAGCACCAGCGCAUCCACACUGGCGAGAAGCCCUACGAGUGCGCCGACUGCGGCAAAGCCUUCCGCGGCCGCUCGCACUUCUUCCGGCACCUGCGGACCCACACGGGCGAGAAGCCCUUCGCGUGUGGCGCCUGCGGCAAGGCCUUCGGCCAGAGCUCCCAGCUCAUCCAGCACCAGCGGGUGCACUACCGCGAGUAGCCGGGCGGGGGCUCGGGGCUCGGCCUCCUACCUGCCCCCAACCCGCCCUCCACCCCGUCCCCCACGGUGGGCACUGCCCAGCACCGCAUGCCACGUGUCCGGAAUAAAUUUUUUAGUUGUUGGAA